ACCCAGGACACCAAUAUACGCAUUUGAGCUCUGAGCAUGUAAAUCAACAUCUCCAAAGCUCUAAGUUAAUUUACUUUAAAUCAAACAUGUCUAAUGUUUCUCUGAUGUUGCUCCUUCUGGUGCUUGUUUUGAUUAUUCACAGUCAUGGAGCUGAUUCAAAUGCUAGUUGUAUCAAGAGUGAGAGAGAUGCCCUUCUCAACUUCAAAAAAUGCCUCACUGAUCCUUCAAACAGAUUGGGGUCUUGGGUUGGAGAAGACUGUUGCUUAUGGGAGGGAAUCAGCUGUAGCAACAGAAAUGGACAUGUUACGAAGCUUGAUCUUAAAUGGAAAAAAUUUGCCGUUGGAGGUGAGAUCAGCCAUUCUUUACUUAAUCUCACACAUCUUACUUAUCUGGACCUCAGUGCCAACGAUUUCUCAGAUAUUGGGAUUCCAUCAUUUCUCGGUUCCUUCAAAAUGUUAAAAUAUCUUAAACUUUCUGCAGCAAAUUUCGUGGGAAAGAUUCCCCAUUUUCUUGGAAACCUUUCAAGCUUGCAGGUUCUUGAUCUCAGCCACAAUUUAUUGACGGUUGAUAGCCUCUUCUUUGCUUCUACCCUUACUUCAUUGAAAUAUCUAGACCUGAAUUCUUUGGACCUUUCUAAGGUUGAUGACUGGUUAAGCUCGAUAAAUAUGCUUCCGUCUCUAAUGGAGCUGCGCUUGUCUUCCUGUGCCCUUCACUCUUUUCCUAGCUUUCUACAUGUUAAUUUCACAUCUCUUGCCGUUCUUGAUCUCAGUUCAAAUUACUUCAAUUCCACGAUCCCACACUGGUUUUCCAAUAUUAGCAACAUUCAAAAUCUCGAUCUAAGUGGGAGUGCACUGCGAGGCUCCCAGCCAAGCGAAUUGAGUGAUGCUAGUUUCCUUAAGUUGCUUCAUUUUUGUAAUUUGCUUGAGCUGGACUUGGGCUCCAACUCUUUCAGUGGCGAGAUUGGUGAACUUUUUGGCAACUCGUCUGGUUGCGUCCAUAGUAAUUUGAGGAAACUGGAUCUUUCUAGCAAUAAUUUCAGAGGUAGUCUUCCAGAUAAACUAGAAAUCUUUAAGCAUCUAGAAUAUCUGGAUCUUUCUGACAACUACCUUUUGGGACCAAUCCCAGAGUCAGUUGGAAGAAUAUCAAGCUUGAAAGAAUUAUCUCUCAAUUUCAAUCGUUUGAAUGGAAGUAUACCUGCAAGUCUUGGACAACUUUCGAAGCUGAAAAGUUUAAACAUUGGGAACAAUUUAUUGAAGGGCAGUGUCCCAGAUGUUGGACAGCUUUCAAAGCUAGAAAUUUUAGACAUGAGCAACAAUUUAUUGAAUGGCAGUAUCCCACAAAGUCUUGGACAGCUUUCCAAGCUAGAUGUUUUAGACAUCCAUAACAACUCACUGGAUUGUAUAGUCUCCGAGCUUCACUUCUCACAACUGAAGAGCUUGACUCAAUUGGUGAUGUAUGGGAAUUCAAUAGUUUUUGAUAUUGAACCAACAUGGGUAGCUCCUUUUCAGCUUCAAUCUCUUUAUUUGUCAUCCUGCAAAGUGGGGCCAAAGUUUCCACAAUGGCUUAUUUCACAAACGAAUAAUUCGUUGGAAGUUCUUGACCUUUAUAAUACAAGCAUCUUUGAUGCCAUCCCGGAUUGGUUUGAAAGCAUUUCCUCCAAUAUCCAUUGGUUGGAUCUGUCUCAUAAUCAAAUUACAAAGCACUUGCCAAAGUUGACGAGAACAUCUUCGGAUGGUUCUACUAGGGUCAUAUACUUGAAUUCCAACAAGUUUGAGGGUCCUCUGACUGCUUUUCCUCCAGAUGUGAAAGUACUAGAUAUCUCCGACAACUUUCUGUGGGGCCAAAUUCCACAAAAAAUUGGCAAAAUGAUGCCCAAUUUGGAUUUUUUAUCUCUCUCCAACAAUCAUUUGAAUGGAAGCAUUCCAAAUUCUUUGUGCAAGAUGACAGAUUUAAGUUAUCUUGACCUUUCAAGGAAUCAACUGUCAGGGGCUCUUCCUCAAUACUGGCAGCUGGGAAUGCAGUUUGUAGUUUUUGAUGUGGGAAGUAACAACUUGAGUGGUCACAUUCCAGUUUCUUUGGGUUCUUUAGCGGGCCUUGAAUCCUUGCACUUGGAAAACAACAAUCUGAAGGGAAAUAUCCCCACAUCCUUAAAGAAUCUGGGAAAUCUGCUAACUCUUGAUCUCAGUGAAAAUGCAUUUACAGGUGCAAUUCCUCCUUGGAUUGGGGAAAAUUUAUCUUCACUUGCCAUACUUAGUAUCCAUUCUAACAUGUUUGAAGGGGAGAUUCCUCCACAGCUUUGUCGCCUUGCUUCUCUUCGUGUACUGAACAUAGCAAAGAAUAAGGUGACAGGAACUUUACCUCGUUGUUUUGGCAAUUUCACUUCAAUGAUUGUUGAUGAUCAGGGUUUUAUUGAUUCUUGGUUAUCAUCUUUUUCUUUCCCUGUCCUUUUUCAAAUGCCUGACCGCUGGACAGCAUACCAAGAACAUGUUUUGGCCUACAUGAAAGGAACGGAACUUUUAUAUAACAAAACACUUGUAUUUCUCUUCUCCAUUGACGUUUCAGACAAUGAUCUUUUUGGAGAGAUACCAAAUGAGCUAGUGAAUCUCUCACAGAUACAAAACCUGAAUCUGUCUGGAAACAAUUUCAAGGGCCAAAUUCCUCUACAGAUUGGCAAGUUGAAGUCAUUAGAAUCGCUGGAUUUGUCUAGAAAUGAACUUUCAGGCUCGAUUCCUCCAAGCAUUUCUGCUUUGAACUUUUUAAGUUACUUAAACUUGUCAUUCAAUAAUUUAUCAGGCCCCAUUCCUCAUGGGAAUCAACUCCAAACCCUGGAUGACAAAUCCAUUUACAUUGGCAACAGCAAAUUAUGUGGACCUCCUCUAGAAAGCUGCCAAGAGAUGGAGCCACCUGGACAUGGCAAGCCUGUCGAGGGAAGUAACAAAGAUGAUGAGUUUGACAUGCUGUGGUUUUAUUGUGGCUUGGGAGUGGGGUUCAUGGCUGGAUUUGUGGGAGUCUGUAGCACUCUCUACUUCAAAACUCCUUGGAGACGUACAAGCUUUCAAUUGGUCGACAAAGUAUUCAACUACCUUUGGGUGAUAGUUGCAAUAAAGAUAAACCAGCUCCGGAGAAAGUUCAGUAGAGGUGAAUCUAGAGAUCAACAACCAUGAUAAUUAAAGAUUAUUUUUCUCUUACACAAGAUCCAGAGUGAAGAUUGAAAUCAUUCCUCUGCACUUUGGGAUAGAUUUGACUGCUGUGCUGCUUCUGGAGGUAUUAUUAAUUAAUAUAUGUUACUAUUAUGUGGCUUUUCUAUGCCUUUGUUGAGGUAAUAUUCCGUUAAUACAAGUGGAGUUUUAACCCAUUAUAUCUUUAAUUUGAUUAUCUUGGAGAUUAAUUAAGGCUUUCGUUUUAA